AAACCCUCACUCUCUCCCUUUUCGCUCCCCCCUCUCUCUCUCGCGCUCUCCCCGGCGUUCUCUCGCCACUUCGCCGCCGGAGUUUAACCCUCUCCGUUCAUCUUCCCUGCUUUCCGACCACUCUCCGGCGGCCUUUCCAUCGCUUAGUACUCGAGUUUCAGACCUUUUUCAAAUCUGUUCUCACUGGUUGGAAGCAGUUAAGACAGAGGAAUAGACAGUGGGGGUUACAGAAACUAGUGAGAGAGAGAGAGAGAGAGAGAGAGAGAGAGAGAGAGAGAGAGAGAGAGAGAGAGAGAAUAGAUAAAGAUAUUCUUCUUUUCCUUCAGCUAUCAAUCAAAUUUUCUGUGAAAUAUACCUUGAUUUCUGAAAGAUUCGUAAUACGGUCUAAGCUGAGAUUUUGUCAGCUCUUCUGCAAUGCGGAAUACGGAUUCUUGGAAUGCUAUCAUGUUCUUAUAUGUAUAGUGAUCUUUUUUGGCUUUAUUCACCCAGUGAGAGGAAGGGAUAGAGCACAGAAUGAUGACAGAACACAAAAGAAGCCCCAACUCUGUUGACCAAGAGAGUUUUAGAUCUCUUGCAUUGAAACGACAUAAGACUGAUUUAUCCAUUUCUACCAAGGAGAAGAAAGAAAAGAUUGGCGAAAGAAUUGCUGCACUGCAACAGCUAGUUUCUCCUUAUGGAAAGACAGAUACAGCUUCUGUCCUUCUGGAGGCUAUGGAUUACAUUAGAUUCCUUCACGAACAAGUUAAGGUUUUAAGCGCUCCGUACCUUCAGAGUACACCAGCAGUAAAGAUGCAGGAAUUUGAGGCAUACAGCCUGAGAAACAGGGGCUUGUGUCUUGUACCAGUCUCCUGCACUCUUGGAGUUGCUCACAGCAGCAAUGGCGCAGAUAUCUGGGCACCCAUCAAGGCUAGCUCCCCCAAAUUCUAGGCCAUUUUCUGACAGGCAGCAUCUAAUUUGUAACAAAUAUUUCUAGCAUCAUAUUCUUACAUAUAAUGGGGUCGUGGGAUAUAGUGAAGUUGGUAAAAUCUUUGCAUGGUAAACUCUUGGUAACCUGAAUUGCUCUGGCUGGUUGCUGGUUUCAUUUGUGACCAGCCAUUCGUAUAUGGGAUGUGUAUGUAUUAUGAUGUUGCAAAAAUGUAUAUUGAUCUAUACCGAGUGUAAUGAUCCUAAAAUGGAGAACUGAAUCUAUGGAAGAAGAAAUAUCAAAGUGCUUUUAUUUGAA